AUGGCGCUGGAAAUUAUCACGCUUUUGUUGCUGCUGAGCCCCCGGGCCAGGCUCAGCUGGGACUGGCUGCUCGUCAUGCUGCUCACAUUGUUGCCAUCAGAGGAAGACGUCUACGAAGAGAGCGGGGGAGAGGGCAGGGCGGACGGCAGUGGGCUGCGAGACGAUUUCGCCAACGGCUUCAGCACAUUCCUCGCUCCUUUGCACACGCCGUCGCCUGUCCUUCUUCUCUCCCUUCCUUCUGACACCCUUUUCCCCCUCCACUCCCGAUUCCCCCUCCCACCAGGUGACGUGCUUCCCUCCCUCCUCCUCGUCUCUCCCUCUCCAUCAUUUCCUCCUCCCUCGUCCCCUCCCUACGGACCAUCUGCCUGCUCUCCCGCAAGUCUUCCCUGGGAAGAAGCCCGGGAGUUCAACGAAGUGGCAGAGCGGGAGGCGCGUUCCCUCGCUAAAGAGAAGGAGGGAAUUAGGAAUGCGGAGGAAGGACAAAAGGAAAAGGAGGAGCAAGGGAAGGAGGUGGCACAGAUGAGAGCAGGGGAGGAGGGAAGAAAGGGGUCCAGGCGGCAGAACAAG